ACCACCUCUCUCUCUCUCCCUCUCUCUCUCUCCCCCAGCUUUUGUUUCGCCAUGCCUAGUCUAGUGGUAUCUGGAAUAAUGGAAAGAAAUGGGGGCUUUGGAGAACUAGGAUGUUUCGGGGGAAGCGCUAAGGACCGAGGGCUGCUGGAAGACGAGCGCGCCCUUCAGCUGGCUCUCGAUCAACUCUGCCUCCUGGGUUUGGGGGAGCCCCCCGCCCCCACGGCGGGCGAGGACGGGGGAGGUGGGGGGGGCGGCGCCCCCGCGCAGCCGGCCGCCCCCCCGCAGCCGGCCCAGCCGCCGCCGCCCGCGGCGCCCCCGGCCGCCCCGACAGCGGCCCCCGCGGCGCAGACGCCCCAGCCCCCCACCGCCCCCAAAGGGGCCAGCGACGCCAAGCUCUGCGCUCUCUACAAAGAGGCCGAGCUGCGCCUGAAGGGCAGCAGCAACACCACCGAGUGUGUACCCGUGCCCACCUCCGAGCACGUGGCCGAGAUCGUGGGCAGGCAAGGUUGCAAGAUUAAGGCUCUGAGGGCCAAGACCAACACCUACAUCAAGACGCCGGUGCGAGGCGAGGAGCCAGUGUUCAUGGUGACUGGCCGCCGGGAGGACGUGGCCACAGCCCGACGGGAAAUCAUCUCAGCAGCGGAGCACUUCUCCAUGAUCCGCGCCUCCCGCAACAAGUCGGGCGCCGCCUUUGGCGUGGCGCCUGCUCUGCCCGGCCAAGUGACCAUUCGCGUGCGGGUGCCCUACCGCGUGGUGGGGCUGGUGGUGGGCCCCAAGGGGGCAACCAUCAAACGCAUCCAGCAGCAGACUAACACGUACAUUAUCACGCCAAGCCGGGACCGCGACCCGGUGUUCGAAAUCACCGGUGCCCCGGGCAACGUGGAGCGUGCGCGCGAGGAGAUCGAGACACACAUCGCGGUGCGCACAGGGAAGAUCCUCGAGUACAACAAUGAAAAUGACUUCCUGGCCGGGAGCCCCGACGCGGGGCUUGACAGCCGCUACUCCGAGGCCUGGCGGGUGCACCCCCCAGGCUGCAAGCCCCUCUCCACCUUCCGGCAGAACAGCCUGGGUUGCAUCGGCGAAUGCGGAGUGGACUCCGGCUUUGAGGCCCCGCGCCUGGGCGAGCAGGGCGGGGACUUUGGCUACGGCGGGUACCUGUUUCCGGGCUACGGCGUGGGCAAGCAGGACGUUUACUACGGCGUGGCAGAGACUAGCCCCCCGCUCUGGGCGGGCCAGGAGAACGCCACGCCCACCUCGGUGCUCUUCUCCUCCGCCUCCUCCUCCUCCUCUUCUUCCGCCAAGGCCCGCGCUGGGCCUCCGGGAGCGCACCGCUCUCCUGCCACCUCCGCGGGACCCGAGCUGGCGGGACUUCCGAGACGCCCGCCCGGAGAGCCGCUCCAGGGCUUCUCUAAACUUGGGGGGGGCGGCCUGCGGAGCCCCGGCGGCGGGCGGGAUUGCAUGGUGUGCUUCGAGAGUGAGGUGACUGCCGCACUCGUUCCCUGCGGACACAACCUGUUCUGCAUGGAGUGUGCAGUACGCAUCUGCGAGAGGACGGACCCGGAGUGUCCGGUCUGCCACAUCACAGCCACGCAAGCCAUCCGAAUAUUUUCCUAAGCACCCCCGCCCCGUGCCUCCAGGGGCCGCUCCCCAGGGGUCCUUCCUGGAGCUGUUUUCCUCUAGGGCCUUUUGGAAAUCGGUGGUUUGAGGGGCAAGGUGCUUAGAGAUCGCUCGCUGGGGAGGGGGGAAGGGGAGGCGAGGGUGGCUGGAGGGUGGGCCACUUUCAGAGCCUCUGGUCACCCUGUCCUGGAAAGGUUAGGAAGGGGCCAGGCCGGAAAUUUUACUAGAGUUACAACUCUGAUACCUCAACACACCCUUCAAUCUGGAAGCAGCUAAGAGGAACUUUUGUUUUGCCAGAGGUGGCCGCCGAGGCAGCCUGACCCACUCUCCACCUCCUGCUCUGGGUGUCACACUACCGCUUCCUCUGUGCCAGGGGCGGGGGGAGGGGGAGAAUUACCGUCGGUAUCUCGAGGUGCUCUUCCAAUCCCCAAGCCCUCUGGUCCUGACCUCCGACCUCCUACCACGACCCUUUAGACCCUCCACCGCCUGGGUUUCCAGCAGUAUAAAGGGGUUGGGGCCCUUUCAGAAGUCAGAAGAGAUUUUCUGAGGUGGGGGGGAAGGGAGUGAAGCGCAUCCAUCCACAAAGGGCUCGGAACGCAUCUAUCCCCACAAAACUGGGCUAGAGGAAUCCGGAGAGGGAUGCUCCUCUCUGCCCCCUGCAGCUUUCCCUCCGCUCUCCUCCCCAGCUUUCUCCCCUUUGGGUUUUCCUUUCUCCUUCGCGCUCUCCCCCAGCUCUUCUCUUUGCUCCCCCUUGCUGGCUUGCACAAGCAGCCCUGUCUUGCGCUUUCUCUUUCUUCCCUUCUCCCUACUCCCUCCUGCUCCUUCCAGCCCAGCUUUGGGGACACCACACCCCUGGGGAGAAGCAGGGGGAAGAACGUUUUUGAUGCCUCCCCCCCAUUCUUCUGCUGGCCCUCUCCCCUUCUCCAAAGAAACACCUCAAAUUCUUGAUGGAAUGUAUCCCCGUUCUCAGUGAAAAUUUGAGGAGGGGUCUAAUACUGGGGUACCUAAAGGGUCAAACCUCCACCUUGAUCAUCUUCGGGCAUUACAUUUAGGGAGCAGUUCUUGGGCUGGAUUUUCGGUGGUGGGAGGGGGAGAGCCAGGGUAAGGGGUCUGCUGUUUCAAAGAGCAGGAAAGGGCCUGAGGCAGUAGGAGAGGCCGCUGGAGGGAGGCACUGCUCCUCCUCCCCUUCAGUGCCCCCCCCCCCGGGGGGGCCCUCUCUGGACCGAACCCUUAUUAGCAGGUUAAUCACGAAGUCUCUCACUCUUUCUGAGAAGAGAGGCCAGGUCUUCAGAGAGGGGUCCGUCCAGAGCCAAGCAGGAUUGGGGGCCAGCAGGGCCUCUUCAGAGAAUCACGUAUUAUUAUAGGCCUUGCACCCCUUUUGCUGCUUCCCUACUGCUGACCUGGGGCAGCCACCAGCCUCCCACCCUCCUGGUUCCGCUGGCCGGGCCAGGAGAGGAUGGGCCAUGGGAGUCCCUGGGGGUCCUAGGAGAUUCUUGUAUAUAGUAGGGUGGGACUGUUCUAAAUGAUCUCUGAGCACUUCAGCUUGGGAGUCCCAUUCUUCUUGGAUGGAGAGGGGGUGCAGGGAUGGAGGCAUAGAGGGGAUUUCCUCCUCUCCUUCCUCCUGUUGUGAAUUAACUCACCUCUCCUCAGCCUUCCCCUCCAGACCACCAGCCAGGGAGGGGAGCCGAAGGAGGUCACAGCCAGGAAAACUGGCCUGUGACAACUUCCCUCCUUCCCGCCAAUGUGAGCCAUCCUGAGAUGUCUGUACAAUAGAAACCAAACCAAAUGGGCGCCCCUCGGUCCCCGAGGGGGGGUAGGGAGGGGGGUGGGAAGAUGGUAUGUCUGUCUGUCGAUCCCCCUCCCCCUCUCCACUCUACCCACAAAGGCAGAAGACUGUUACACUAGGAGGCUCAGAAAUUUCAAUCCCACUCUUACUAAUUGAGCCAAACCUAGAAACAAACACAAAACACAUAUAGUGAGAGACAAAAUAGAGGAGAGAAAGAGAGCGUGAGAGGGAGCGAGAUAGGCGACCAACACAGAGGAGAGAAUACAAAAAUAGCAAAAAAAAA